AUGGCCAAAUCCGCACGAGCCAGCACAAAGAAGGCCUCGAGGUCUAGAAUACGUAAUAAUGUCUACGCUCCCGUAGAACAAGCCCGCUUGGAGAGGUUAUCCGCCAGACUCAUGGCUAUUGCCCAGCCGUCGACCUCGAGAACAACAACCGGAGGCGACCACAUGGAUGAGGAUGGUAAAUCUCCCUUGCCUAUUCAUUCUUCUUCUCCUUCUUCUUCUUCCUAUCAUCGAUCCUUCGGGCGAAAUAAUUCUUCCGAUCGCUAUCGCUGCCGAAAAUCGGCCGAGGCGAAAAGGCAAUGGAAGCUCCUUACGCGAGUCCUUCCCGCUGCUUCUGCCGUCGAUGCCAUCCAUUCUGCCGUACACAACAGGUCGGCUAACAGUGUUGCUGCCGAUAUAGACCUAGCCGACGCUACAACCCGUCAAGAACAACAUACCGAAGACCAGGCUUUCAAGGCUGCUCAGCAAGGUAACUUGUUCUUUGAUUUACCGCUGCCUCUCUCGUUGGUUGAUGAAGACUCCAGCGGGGAUGAGUCAGAAGACGAUGCGUUUUACCGAGCCAUCGGCCUGUUUGGUGACAUUCAGGGCUUUGGUAUGGAUAACACACUGCGUGUCUGCCUGACGUGA